AUGGAGCGGAUGGGGGGAUCUCCCUCGAUGUCCAAUAUUGGGUGUGUAUCACCCCGGCUCUGGCGCCAUGGGGGACGCCCCGGGACCGUUCAACCCACGAUUCUUCCUUCAUCCGGGAGCAUCCUUGGACUGGAGAAUUCCAUGGAGGCCUUCACUAUGAUGGGGGGCAGCACGACAAACGCUGACAGUCUUGGCUACCGGGAAUCUCCCCCGUCUUUGCUUUUUAGGCGUGGUGGACUGAGCACGUGCGGCCCUCCAGGCGCACAAUCGGCCUUCAAUUCCGUGUGGGACAACGCAGACAAUGCUGCCAUUCCAGUCCAUUUCGGUAUUCAUGUCUCGAAUAUGCGGCCAAUCGCCGUCAAAAGAAAAGAAAAUUCCCUCAAACCCUUGCCCAAGCCCAUAAGCGAAAUCUCUACUGAUACAAAACAGUGGUAA